GACGAAGCAACUAUAGUCCGUGCGCGGAGCUAAUCUGAGACUCUUCCUUACAGCGCAAAUGGCUGUGAGUUUCUGCAGAACGACUUGUGCGUUUAUAUGGAUGUUUGCAGUUGUUUCAACCGCUCGAGUAUACCCACCGAACGAAGUGACAUUACUGGACACAAGGACAGUUCCUGGGGAGCUGAAAUGGGCAGCCAAUCCCACAGAAGGAGGGUGGGAGGAGGUGAGCAUCAUGGAUGAGAAGAACAUCCCCAUCAGAACGUACCAGGUGUGUAACGUGAUGGAACCCAGCCAGAGCAACUGGCUUAGAACUGACUGGAUCCCUCGGUCUGGUGCGCAGCGCAUCUAUGUCGAGAUCAAGUUCACCCUCCGGGACUGUAACAGCCUGCCUGGAGUCACUGGCACCUGCAAGGAGACCUUCAACCUCUACUACUAUGAGUCUAACAAUGACAGAGAGCACUACAUCAGAGAGAGCAACUUCCUCAAGAUCGACACAGUGGCAGCCGACGAGAGCUUCACUCAGGUGGACAUCGGGGAUCGCAUCAUGAAGCUAAACACGGAGGUGCGUAAUGUAAAGGUCACAACCCGGAAGGGUUUCUACCUGGCGUUCCAGGAUGUUGGCGCCUGCAUCGCUCUGAUCUCAGUUCACGUUUUCUACAAGACCUGCCCCCUCAGCAUCCGUAACCUGGCAACCUUCCCAGAUACUAACACUGGAGCUGACACUUCCUCGUUAGUGGAGGUCAAGGGGUCGUGUGUGAACCAAUCAGAGGAAAGGGAGGAGCCUAAGAUGUAUUGUGGCGCAGAUGGAGAAUGGCUGGUUCCCAUUGGUGGGUGUGUCUGUUUCCCGGGAUACGAGGAGAAAGGUGGAGCCUGUCAGGCAUGUAAGGUUGGUUUCUACAGAGCUGUGUCUACAGACGGAGCAUGUUCUGAGUGUCCUCCACACAGUCACUCAGAGAAAGCGGGGGCUACUGUCUGUGACUGCAACCCAGGAUACUACCGCUCUGAGACGGACCCUGCAUCUAUGCCCUGCACACAACCCCCCUCUGCUCCACAGCAGCUGAUCUCAGAGGUCAAUGAGACAUCAGUGGUUCUAGAGUGGAGCGCCCCCCUCAGGCUUGGAGGGAGAACUGACAUCAGAUACAGUGUGGACUGCCUGCUCUGCCACGGUCCUGAGAGUUACCCUGGGAGUCAAACCGGGAAUCAAACUCAGAUUGGCAGUUCGUCUGGGAGUGAACUUGGAGAGGCUGGUAGCCUUGGGGGUCCUGACGGGCCUCUUGGGACCCAGCUCUGCCUACCCUGCGGCCCAGACGUCCUUUUCUCCCCCCAGCAGAGCGGCCUGGGGGCCACCAGAGUGUGUGUGAGCGAGCUGCAGGCACACACACGCUACACCUUCACAAUCGGCGCCCGCAACGGAGUUUCCCAAGGCCACACUGCAGGGGCAAGAGAGAGUGUGUCUGUCACUCUCACCACCAACCAGGCCGCUCCCUCCCCAGUCACAUCCAUCCAGGCCAGUGAUGUCACCAGGCACGAUGUGUCGUUGGCAUGGCAACAGCCCGACCGGCCCAAUGGGGUCAUCCUUGAGUACGAGGUCAAGUACUACGAGAAGAAUCAGAAGGAGAGGUCCUACCGCAUUAUGAAGACGGCAUCCCGUAGUGCUGAUAUCACUGGGCUAAACCCACUCACUGUGUACGUAUUUCAAGUGCGAGCUCGCACGGCCGCCGGAUACGGAGAGUUCAGCGCCCCCUUUGAGUUUUCCACCAACUCAGAUCCCUUGCCUCUGAUUGGUAAUGCCGCUAACUCCACCCUUCUCCUACUGUCAAUCAGUGGGGGUGUGGUUCUACUGCUCAUCUCUACCACAGUGUUCAUCAUCAGCCACAGGAGGGGACAAUACAGCAAAGCUAAGCAGGACUUAGAGGAGGAGAAACAUUUAAACCCAGGUGUGAGGAUAUACGUGGACCCCUUCACCUAUGAGGACCCGGACCAGGCUGUCCAUGAGUUUGCCAAAGAGAUUGACGCCUCCAACAUACACAUAGAGAAAGUAAUUGGCAUCGGUGAGUUUGGGGAGGUGUGUAGUGGCCGUCUGCGGCUCCAGGGGAAGAGGGAGAUCUACGUGGCCAUAAAGAGUCUGAAGGCAGGAUACGCUGACAAACAGAGGCGGGACUUCCUCUCUGAGGCCAGCAUCAUGGGACAGUUCGACCACCCAAACAUCAUCAGACUGGAGGGUGUGGUCACACGAUGUAAACCAGUGAUGAUCAUCACAGAGUACAUGGAGAAUGGAUCCCUCAACACCUUCCUCAGGAAACACGACGGUCAGUUCACAGUGAUCCAGCUGGUGGGCAUGCUGCGUGGCAUCGUGUCGGGCAUGAAGUACCUGUCUGACAUGAGCUACGUUCACCGAGACCUGGCCGCACGCAACAUCUUGGUCAACAGUAACCUGGUGUGUAAGGUGUCUGACUUCGGCCUGUCACGAGUACUGGAGGAUGAGUCUGAGGCAGCAUACACCACACAGGAGGUGACUGGGACGUACCACUCUCCAGGGGGGAAGAUCCCCAUCAGAUGGACUGCUCCAGAGGCCAUCGCCUACAGGAAGUUCACUCCAGCCUCUGACACAUGGAGCUACGGCGUGGUCAUGUGGGAGGUGAUGUCAUAUGGAGAACGGCCAUAUUGGGACAUGAGUAACCAGGAUGUGAUAAAAGCGAUAGAUGAGGGUUACCGUCUGCCCCCACCUAUGGACUGUCCAGUUUGUCUGCACCAACUGAUGUUAGACUGCUGGCAGAGAGACAGAAUACACAGACCCAGUUUCACGCAGAUCCUCAACAUUAUGGAUAAACUCAUCCGCAACCCAACCACCACACUGAGGAGGACAGGAGGGGAGAGGCCUGUUCCCACUCUGUUGGAGCCUGUAGGAGGUCCAGAGUUUGUGUCGGUGUGGUCAGUAGAAUACUGGCUCCAGGCUAUAGGGAUGGACAUGUACAAAGACACCCUCACUGCUGCUGGAUACACCAGUCCUGACAGCCUGCUAACCCUCACACAGCAGGACAUGGCCAGUAUAGGAAUCGUCACACCAUCACACCAGGACCAGAUCCUUGCCAGUGUGCAGCAGGUAUUGCUGUCCCACAUGCAACAAAUACAGGAACAGAUGCAGGGCAGUAUGGUUCCCGUCUGAGCCAGUGAAUGGAUAUAAAACAGAAACAGACAUUUGUUUUAAUGAAUUCCAUUUACGUCAUCCAUGCACUUUAGAUUGAGAUUUUCAUAAGAAAUAACGUCAACAAACAAACCCUACAACAGAAAAUAUGAACGGAGGAGAGAAAAGAGGCACUUUUAUAAACCAUAUAACCUUUGAACUAUGGCCUGAGGAUUGACCUGAGGCUGAAGAAGCUGUUUGUUUCAGUGGAACCAACGGAACUUUCCGUCUCUUGUUCUGUUUACUUUCUGUACAUACGUGUCUGUGUAAAAAAAAAAAAAAUUAACUGCUCUUCAUUAUUUUAUUUUUUUGGUGACUUUAUGACACAACAAUGUUGGUCACAGUCAUCCUGACUUUUAAGUCAUGUGCAAAACGUUUCGGUAGUUUGUUUAGAGUUCGGCUGGGCGAUAUGGCCUUAAAAUCAAUGCUUGAUCAUUUUUUUCACGUAUAUCAAUUUUUAAAAGUUUUUCUCUAAAUAAGCGUUGUUGUAUAAAGGUAAAAUACACUACAUUUCACUAAUUAUAUAUGUAUUAUUUUAUAAAAAUAGUUUAACCUUAUUUUUUUGCAAUAAUCACUGAUAUGGCUUUCAAGUCUGUCUAUGAAAAUGCUAAUUUUGUUACAAAUGUAAUAACCAGAAGCAUGCAUAAUGCACAUUCACUAAUAAUGACUAACUUCUUGUAGAAGGCAUCACAGAAGAUUAUAAACAAUCUCUCAAGCACCAGUCCACGUCCUAGUGAGUAAUCUUUAUAUUUCAAAUUUUGCCAAAUUGGAUUUAUUUGCUAGCUUACAAGGCAGAACAGCUGAAAUGUUAUUGCCUCUCAUUGUUAGGGCAGAAACAUGAGCAUCUCGUCAUUAUAUACAGAUCUCUGGUGUAAAUGGGAAGGUGCGCACAGCACAGAAGGAGCGAAGGAGACAAGCAUCUUGUCAUUAUAUGCAGAUCUCUGGUGUAACUGGGAAGGUGCGCACAGCACAGAAGGAGCGAAGGAGACGAGACCAAAAAGACAACAUGAGAACAAGAGGAUAUAAGAAGGUUAUCAAAAAAGAUAACUUGAUUUUGCGAUACAGGCAUUUGAUAUAUUGCCCAGCCCUAGUUCAGAGUGGUGCCAAUGUUUUCUGUUCAGAUAAACUUUGGUUUUUGAUCUCCACUACACAAACAGAAUAUAUGUCUCCAAUUUGCCACAUAUGCAUUUCAGGACCACACUACUCAUUAAUCUCUAAUACAAUACAAGGACUCCAACUCCCAUACCCACUAAGGAGUAGUCCAUCCAUUGAACUUUGUUGACAAGUACUAAUAAGUGCUACAUCCAUUCAUCAACAAGGACUUGUAAGUCUAUAGUGAAGCAGAGUUCAAUGAAUAAACCAGGAGUUGAAUGUCCACCAAGUAUGGCCUAAGGGAUUUCAUAUGUCUACGAUAGUCUAUAUAUUGUCAUUGUGCAAAUGUGCUGUUUAUCAUAUCUGAACCGUGACAGAAUGUUGUCAAAUUUUCAACUGGUAGAGGAGAGAUGUUGUAGCUGUUGUAGAGCUUUGGGCUCUAUCUGAAACAUUUGAAGGAUGUCUUUAAGUCAACAGAAACACUGAAGGACAAGCUGAGGAAGUGUAGUUCUGAAGCAUCACGCUGUGUGUGUGUGUGUGUGUGUGUGUGUGUGUGUGUGUGUGUGUGUGUGUGUGUGUGUGUGUGUGUGUGUGUGUGUGUGUGUGUGUGUGUGUGCGUGCGUGCGUGUGUGUGUGUGUGCGUGUGUGCUGUUGUAGAGCUUUGGGCUCUAUCUGAAACAUUUGAAGGAUGUCUGAAAGUCAACAGAAACUUAAAGGACAAGCUGAGGAAGUGUAGUUCUGAAGUAUCACGCUGUGUGUGUGUGUGUGUGUGUUUGUGUGUGUGUGUGUGUGUGUGUGUGUGUGUGCGUGCGUGCGUGCGUGUGUGUGUGUGCGUGUGUGCUGUUGUAGAGCUUUGGGCUCUAUCUGAAACAUUUGAAGGAUGUCUGAAAGUCAACAGACACUUAAAGGACAAGCUGAGGAAGUGUAGUUCUGAAGUAUCACGCUGUGUGUGUGUGUGUGUG